AUGGCCGGUCUGCGAGCUCCACUCCUAGUGGCUCUCAUCUUUCUUGCUGUGGCACUGCAGACAUCUGAUGCAGGUCCCUAUGGUGCUAAUGUGGAAGACAGUACCUGCUGCCAGGACUACAUCCGUCACCCUCUGCCACCGCGUGUAGUGAAGGAUUUCUACUGGACCUCAAAGUCCUGCCGCAAGCCUGGCGUUGUUUUGGUAACCAUCAAGGACCGCGAUAUCUGUGCCGACCCCAGGCUGUCCUGGGUGAAGAAGAUACUCCGUAAGCUGGCCUAGUGAGGAGGACCUGAUGACCGUGGGUGUGCUCACUCCAGGAAGCCUCAGCAAGCCCUAUCCUUC